UUUAGUAUCACGUGGUACUUGAUCACGUGUCUAGCAGUGUCAACCGGUGUUGUUUGUCCCUUCGAUCUCUUUAGACGCUUUUCACAUCUCGCUACGAUGCGUUGAACCCGGCGGACGAGAUCUGCAAAGCAAAGAGCAUCAGAAUGCCUCGGGAGCGCAAGGGAGCGAACAAAUUCAAGGACGCCGACCUCGACGGCUCGGGCGGCGUUGGAGGUGGACCGGGCGACAUGAAGCUGCAGCCCGAGAGCCCGUCCACCAAAAAGCGUCGCACACCGGCGGCUCAGGCAAGCCCUUCGAUUCCGGACUUGGUGCCGCCGCCCCCGAUGACGGGCUACGGGGAGACGAUCGUCGCCUCGAACCCCUUCGACGACUCCGUCACGUCGCAGCAACAAAGCCACAUGCACCGGCGGCCACCACCGCAGCACGCCAUGCUGCACCAGCCUCCGAACGUCUCGCAACCCCAGAUGCCGCCUUCGGGUGGGCCCGUAAUGCCACCGUCGGCGGCGAUGCACCCGAAGCCGAUGCCCAUGUCCUCGGGUAAGGUCUACCCUCCCGAUCAGCCGAUGGUGUUCAACCCGCAGAACCCGAACGCGCCGCCCAUAUAUCCCUGCGGCGUGUGCCACAAGGAGGUGCACGAAAACGAACAGGGGAUCCUGUGCGAGAGCGGGUGCAACUUUUGGUUCCACCGCAUCUGCACGGGUCUCUCGGACGCUGCGUUCUACCUGCUGACGCAGGAGAUCUACGCUGAGUGGGUGUGCGACCGCUGCCUCUCGUCCAAGAGCAUACCACUCGUCAAGUUCAAGCCGUGAGGUGGUGCGCUUGUGUUGUGCGAGAUGAACGCUGGUUACUCGUGCGAUGAAGAACACUAAUUCUUCAAAUCGUGAAGUCCCUUCUCUAGCAAAGCCAGAGACUCAAAAGAGAGUCAUAGCUGUCAUGUGCUGCAUAUCUACAACUACAAAUGUAUUUUGCUUGCAAAUAGGUGCAGCACUCGUUAUGCCCGAUAGCACCAACACUGAAAGCCACAUACUCACUUAAGAGGAAGCUUUAAUUCGGGCCCAACUCCUACUCAAAACAUGUAAAACGCAAGAAUUUUUUUCUGAGAUAAGCCCUGCACCGAUUUUGAUGAAAUUUGUUGCAUUUGAGAGAGAAAGUUUAAUUCUAGUGACUGUCGGAAGCGGAUUUUCGAUUUAGGGCCUGAAUUUUGUUAAGAGGAUUUUCAGAAAUUCGGAAGUUUGAAACAUAUAGAAGCACGAAGUGUACAAAUUAAUACCUGUUGAUCACGAACAGCUAGCGCGGUUUUGUAAACAGCAUCCAUUAGAUCAUUGAAAGUGGACAAAUUUGAUAUGUCAUCUUAUGUCUUACAGGAAUUUGUUACGCCGUGAAUAAGGGUUCUGCAAAAGCCGUAUUUACAUACUACUCAUUUUAUCGAGAUACAUGUGUAACAUAUCAAUUUUGCCUGCUUCAGAUGUACAAUUAUAUGCAACUCACAGUAUUGUGGUAUCGCUUUUCAUUGCUAAGUUACGUUGUUGUAAACUUGAUAGUUUCGUUUCCUGUGAAUUUUCGAUGUUUAAAAUUGACGACCUAAAUAAAAAAUUCAGAACCAACAGUCACUAAAUUUUAAGCUUUUCUUUUAAAUCCAACAAACCUCGUCAAAUUCGGUGCAGUGGUUGAUGAGAAAAAUGAAUUCUCGUUUUACAUGUAUUUACAUAGGAGCACCCAAGCUAAAGCUUCCUCUUAAGGUACCUUUUGUGGUAAUGGACUUUUUUUUUUUUUUUUUUUUUGCUGAUAAAGAACAUAAUGUGUUUGACUAAAAUGUGUGUGCAGUGGUUCAUGAUGGCAUGGUAUUUAUACAUGUUUUCGUACCAUAAGUGAUAAACAGUGGCCAAAAAAAGAAUCCUCCGCCCGGAGUGAAUGUUAUGGCUAGGGAACUUGUACAAGAUAUUUUUUUUCUCCCAUAAUCUUAUCUAGUGUCAGAAUCAGUUUUUGGUGUCUUUAAUAUCUUUAUAACUGAUUUCAUUUUGAUACAUUUCAAGGAAAGUCCAAGAGCUAAGGGUGCACAGCGUCUUAGGGGUGCUAUUGUACCUACCGCAUAAAUUUUAAUUUGCAUAUCAUGAUUCACAUAAUAAAAGCUCACAGCACAGUACAUUGGCUGCAGCAACUUUUAGGUAAAUUUCUUUGCACAAAAUUUUAAAAAAGGCUUGCCUGAGAAAAUUUCACUUUUUCUUGACAUUAAAACAGUAAAAUUUGCACAACGCAAGAACAUGUACGUGUGUCAUCACGGCCAAUGUAAUGGGUAUGGGUAACUUACAUUUGUGGUAAAAGCUUCUUUAGGAAAAGGGAUAACUGAAACCAAAGUUGCUACUAUCAAGGCAUGAUGUCAAGAAGCUGCUAUCAGCAGUGAUUAUGAAAAACAAAACAUAGACAGUGAUAACCACUCAAUAGCACUUGUCAAUUAAAGUCGUGCAUUCAUAUUUGCAUGCAAGAUUGUGUAUGGCCACUGCUUGUUAAGCAAGCUUGAAAAUGUUCUUACUACAAUGUAGGCAGCCAUGGCUUUCACAUCGUGGCUAUGAUUGCAUAGUUGUCUGAUGACAAGAAGAAUGCUGCAUACAAGGCAGCAUGCACUGCAAAAGCGUACUCUGUUUUGCUGCAAUACAUUUUCACCAUUAGUGUCAUGGCUGGGACUCUGAUGAAGCGCCUGUUGAUAUACGCUUAUCAGCACAACAGUUAUCAUCCAUGAGUGCUGAAAAUGGUCAUGUGCCAUCUAUUACACUGCCUAUUACUAUAAUCACAUGCAGUUAAGCAUUAUGAGAAGUAUUUCUUUACUGAAAACAGAAGGGGGGGGGGGUUGCUGAUUUGUGAAAAAUUUUGGGGCACAUGCCGAGGAGUGCCAAACACAGUUGAAUCCCAGUGUAAUGAACAUGUAUACAAUUAAUUAUUGGAUCUAACAAAUUAAGUCUAAAAUGUUUAUCCUGAUAUUGGCACGGGACGAAUAUGUAUGCUUAUGAAAAGGUAUUUUUUGUGUCGGAUGUAAUUACUUAAAACUAGGUUUAACUAUACCUCGAUGAACAUGAUGAAACUGGGGCGACCGUUAGUGAAACAGUUGGUUCUGCCCGGGUUCCUGUGUUGCAAGUAUUUUGCCUGCAAUUCACAUUUCUCAUGGAUCAUUUGCACAUACUUGUUGUUUUUACAUUGUUAUUUUCGCUGCACUCUUGUGUCAGAUAUCUCUGCCAUGUAUUAGCUGAGUGCUGUACCAGAACAUGCGUGCCAUUUAAUAGCAAUCAUGUCAUCUCUUGUGUCAUGGGUAUUAUUUAUAACAUCUACACUUUCUUUUUUCAUUUUGCUUCAUAACUUCAACAAUAAUUAAUUUUUUUUAAUCCUGUAAGAUAUCAUGGUUAUGAAAUUGUGUAAAUAUUGUGAUGGAAACAGUGAGAGCUCGAGAAGUAAGCAUGUAGGACAACAUAGUCCAUUUCAGCUAACCUACCUUGUCAUCCAAAAUCUGUUCCACAAAUGUUUUCUUAACCCCCUGAUGAAGGCCUCUAACUGCUCUUGAUGACGUUCAUUGCAGUGGAUGUUGCAUAGCAGUCUAAUUGGCCCGAUUAUUUACAAGCAUUGUUUCUUAUCUCAGUUAUCACUCAACCCCGCGUUCCAUUACCUCUGUCAGACAAUGAAUUUCGACCAUGAUAAGAUAAGUGUGGCAGCGGCAUGCUCUCUUUUACAAGAGGUGCAUUGAAGCUGCCUAGUUUCAGCGAUGAAACUCCUCGCAUUAGCCGUCGCAGUUCUUUGUUCUGGUAGGUGAUAUUUGAUCCUUCCUUCAAUGAAAAUUAUUAACAAUGAUGCAGAAACGAAGGCUGUUAUGUGCAAAGAGGCUAGUGCACUAAGUGUAAAGAGAUUGGAAGUGUAACUUGCAUGAUUACGUUGAUGAUAUACAUUUUCAUGUCGCAUGGCAGUAGUUGUUUCUGUUACGAUGUGUAUGGACAUGUAUGUUUCAAGCAUGAUCUCGGACUCCCAUGUACAGUCAGCAUGUUGGGCUUGUGAAUAUAUAUUAAAAUGAACAGCUUCA